ACUACACGUAAAUCAUUUAAUUCAUCAUGACCUGGUUGUUUCCACAUAUAAAAAGAGAAAUUGAAGUAAAUAUUUUCAUCUAAAGAAUUCAACAGUGUGCGACAAUAGGCAACGAGAAUAUUUUGCGCAGGUCUCAUUCUGCGUACGACGAUGUCAAAUACCAGUAAAAUCUCCGAUUUCUUCAAAAACCAGACAAUUUUCUUAACUGGAGGAACCGGCUUUAUUGGCAAACUUGUUGUGGAAAAACUAUUACGAAUGAGUUUUGACUUGAAAAAUAUUUAUAUUUUGGUGCGCACCAAACAUGGAAAAAAUCAUCAGCAACGUUUCGACGAGUUCUUUGAUAAUUCAUGUUUCGAGAAGAUUAAAGGGGAAAAUUUCAAGAGUAAGGUCUCGUUUAUUAGUGGAGAUUGCAGCAAGCCUGGUUUAGGGCUAAAAUCUGCAGACGCUCAUAUUUUAAAAAAUGAAACCACGUGUAUUUUUCAUGCUGCUGCCAACGUCAACUUUCGACAGACCAUAAAAGAAGCCAGUUAUAAUGUCAGUUCCACGAAAGAAAUGAUAAAGUUGGCUAAAGAGAUGGAAAAUUUGAAAGUUUUUGUCUACGUGUCAACAGCCUACUCGAACUGCAUAAAUAACUAUAUUCGUGAAGAAAUUUAUGAACCCCCGAUAAAAGCAGAAGCAUUUCUCAACUUAGUCAACUCUUGUAACGAACGCGAUUUGGAAAAGACACUUUUACCUUAUUUGAAUAACUGGCCAAAUAACUACGCUUUCUCAAAGUGUUUAUCAGAAGAUUUGAUUAAAGAUUCAACAACGGGGAUACCAGUAGCUGUUGUUCGUCCCUCAAUUGUUACAAACACUGUCAGAGAUCCGGUCCCAGGAUGGGUUGACAAUUAUCAUGGUUUUGUUGGUUUAGCAGCCGCUGGUUACCGCGGUGUAUUGCAGAAUCUUUAUCUGAAAAAAGAGAAGAAAUUGCAUUUAGUUCCAGCUGACUUUCUUUGUAACUGUAUUUUGGCGGCAGCAUGGGACACCGCAAACUCGAAAACCAUCAAAGUGUUCAACUGUGUUGGAAAAUUAGUUAAUAUGAUGAACGGCUUUUACUGGAAAAUUCCAUCGAUGAAAUGUUUGUGGUACCCAAAAGUUUCAAUAAUUCAAAAUCAAUUUUGGUACAACGUGAACACUUAUUGGAUGUUAAUGUUGGCACUUUGUAUUGAUUUUGUAUUUUUCUGUUUUAAAAAACCAGUAUGGGCUGCCAAAAGGAGCAAACGAGUAACUGAACAAGUAAAUGUUUUGUCAUAUUUUGCUACUCGGGAAUGGAGCUUUGACGAAGACAGAUUUACGAAUUUGUGGAACAAAAUGGGAGACGAAGAUAAGAAUAUUUUUCCUUUUAAUAGUAACACAAUAGAUUGGGACAAAUAUUUGUUCAGUUGUACUUUAGGUAUCAGGGUGUACUUGCUCAAAGAUCCGAUUACUACAUUUCCAAAAGCGAAAGCAAAAUUUAUAAGCAUGUUUGCUGUCCAUUACACAAUUGUCGCCUUGUUCUAUUAUUUUCUGUAUAUAAUUUUUAAAUUUCUGGUAAAAACUUUGUAUCACAAAAUCUGGAGAGAAUUUGAAGCAGAUGUCAAGAGACUGGUACGUCUUGCAUACACUAACGCAUCACCAACUUUUCAGGGGACGCUUGCGAUAGAAACCUUCGUAAAUGGCAUUCGCGACGGUGAAAUUAAGAAGGUCCUACAACUAUCAAGGUACCAGACAUCAUCGGAAGCCUUGAUUCGUGCCCUGGAAGUGGAGGCGGCGUACAAUACUUCAAGAACUUGGCACAAAGUCAGAAUAGCAGAACUAGAUGAAGAGAAGAAUGACAAGGUGGAAAAGUUGUUGGAAAAAUUGUCCCAGCAAAUGGAUGGCCUGUCUCGAGGAUUAGAGAAUAUGAUUAGUGAUUUAUUAAAACAACGUGAUUACAAUCAGUACGCCAUGUUAACUUCUUCUUGCUUAUGCAACCCGUAA